AUGUCCUGUGGUCGCGACGAGAGGCGCCAAACUUCCUGUGGUUUUCCCAUCCUGCGGAAAGACCUCCGCCGCGCCUGUUCUUAUAUUGGGCCUGCGCUGCCCGGCCUUGCCUACCACUACUACUACUGCGAGUCUCAGCGGACGGCGAUGGCUCUGGCUGGGGUAGCCACCUGGCUGCUGGCGCUGCUCGCGGCGAACGGCACUUCGGUGUUCGACUGCUUCUGCAACCACGUCAUCAGCAGCGGCGGCGUAGCGGCACUCAGCGACAGCGAAGCGGCGAUCUGGUUCAACUACUGCUCUUUUCACAGAACGUACGGCCUGUACGUACCGUGCAGUCCCCUCACUCCUCAACCCGCCUGGUUGUCUGCCAUGGCACGCCUGGUGCCGUACGUCGAGGGCCUCGAUCCGCACUGGUCUGCCCGGAUAAGCCAGAGGCCGACAGGCGAGCAGGGCUGCCGCGGCGGCGUCCUGGCGGCGAUUCGCCAACUCUCUGGCGAAGAGGCGGAGCAAGUCGGCGAGCACCUCAUCUGCAGGAUCGCCGCAGACUGCAUCGACUCCUGCUCUCUUCAAGGGCUGAACGACACAGAGUGGGACGUGGAGUCGCUGACAACAGGUCGCCUGGCGCAUCGCACGCUCUUCCGGCUAGUGCGCGCUGUUCGGCGCAUUACAAAAGCUGUAGUCGCCAGGAGAAGAUGUGAGGAAUACCGAGUCUUGCAUCUUAACGAGGGGGUCGAGAACAAAACUGCACUGAAGGCAAAGAUAUGGACUUACCUGGGAAACUUCUCCAACUACUGGCGAGAUAAUGCAGUGCUGGUCUCACUUGGUGCAAAGUACAUCUCCAAAAUGUUCAUUCCACUAGCAUUCAAACACAUGGGUAACCACUCGAAUGAAGAGCGACUCCAUGGAUGGAUUAAGAACAUGAAACAUUUGGGAAACAUUCUCGACGCAAAAUUAAGGGGUUGGGUACAAGAUGUACAAUUUAUCAGCGAGGUGAUAGUGAACUACACGAUAGAAGAAAACAAGGACUGGCCUGGGGAUUAUAUAAUAAGGCGACCACUAUUGAAUGAUGACCUACUGGACUACCAUGAACAACACCCAUUCUUACAUGACAACAUCAGUGCAAUAUGUAAGGAUCAAGAGCCAAAAGCAUCAGAAAUGUUUGGUCUCGCUGACGCUCUGUACUCGCUCUAUGGUUCCUUCACAUUCAACAGUUUACAAAAUUUUCCUUUCCCCAAAGUUAGUACAUCAGAUGAAGAGUGGCAGCUGGAGGACAAAAGCAACGCUAUACUCAACGUAGACACUGACUGCAUGCAGUUGUUGGCGAACGCCCUGGACCACCCAACAUGUCCACUGGAAGACAUGCCUCCAGAAACCAUCAAGCAGCGCGAGCAGUGCCGUGUGCAACUGUGGGAAGACAUGCUGCAGAGGUCGCCCCACAUACCCGUGACCAGCUACCUUGCCUACACGCAGAGGGUGAACGUCAACCUCUGUCUACUGGCCUGGAUGGUGUCCAACUCGUUCAGCAUUUGUCAGGACGUCCCAUUUAGUAUCACACAGUCAGUGCGUGAUGCUCGCUGCUAUUUCGAUACUUCUGAAGACCAAUCGUGUCUGGAAUCGAGCGUUGCAGAUGCCAUAUGCUCUGUUUCCAGAGCUAUUCUAUUGAUGAAGUUUUACCACCAGUCACCUAAAAAUGCCAAGGAACCGAAAGUCCAUCCAGAGGAACUUGGGCAUUCUUGA